CUCCAACUGGCCACUCAGUCUCAGCUUAGCACUCGGCCAAACCACAGUGCACUUCCAUCGCGUUCGAUAGCUUUUUGUCCCCUCCCUAGAGUACGUGAAUUUUCGUCGAUCAGACUCUUGCAAGUAAGCCGCGCGCGCACCCCAGCAAAGUGUCUGCGUUAUGCAAGAAAACGAUUCCAAGGAGACGAUUCACUUACGCGAAAUUAAAAACUUAUGCUGACGUGCGCCUUGGGAUUGAGUAAUUCUCAUACUUGUACUCCUCUGCGGAGUACUAGCGAGUGGGGGAGUAUUUCAACUGGAUUCGCGAAGUGAAAGUGAUCGAUACGCUCAUUGAAACCUGUUGAUACACACCAUGAAGCUGUUGAACAUUGUUCCUGCGGCAACCAUAUUCUUGAUGGUUCUCCUGUCCAGUACCAGCUUCAGCGGAACCGCAGUUCGAGCCCAAGAACCUCUAUUCGAACUACCGGUGCAACUCGUUGGUUUCCCAGUGAUCAUUCUCUCGGUGCGGCUGGCUAACUUUGCAAAGAAACUAGCGUACUCGUUAAAUCCAAAAACCUAUCAGUCCCGUAAUCGGCGGGAAAUCGCUCCCACUAUGAUCCCAACUGGGGAUGAAAUAUCCCGCCUAGCCAUAGAUGUGGCCCAGGCCGAGCGCAAAAUCCUGCAAGAAUUUGGCCCGAAGGUGUGCAUAGAGGAGGAACCCUGUCGAAUGAAUGCGAUUCGUAUGAGCCGGGUCGACAGCAACCAGCCGGAUUGGGACGACAUUCUAAAGAACUACAAGGUGCGGGCAACCGGCAUGAAACAGUGGUACCUCCUCUCGGUCUUCAUCGGAGACUACAUACAGGACGUGCAAUUCUGCAAACAGCUCGCGAAACGGUUGGCUUGUGAUAGAAACCAAAAGGAGUUCGUUCGAGACUAGGACGAGAAAUGUGUUGGACCGAGUUGUUCCGUUACUUUCUAAGAUGUUCAGAUAGCUUGCGGGUUAAGUUAUUUUCUGUAAAUAGCAUCUCUUCUUUUUGUGAGAAACUGCCAAAAAUGUAUGUUGUAUAAUAAAUUACCUAAAUGUGACA